GGCCUUUGUUUUUCCCUCUCUGCAGAAACUGGGAGAAAGGGAUUGUUUUGAAACCAUGGCAGAGGCACGGCAUGGCUCCACCCAGCUGCAGCCAUGCCGUGCCUUCUUCUUUUCAUGAAUACCAAAGAACUGGUUUCCCCUUGAACAGACAUGCAAAACAGAUAGGCGCACACACACACGCCUUACCAGAUUAUCUCUGCCUCACACAUUCACACAUGCACACACACACACACACACACACAUUAAAAAAACACCCCACCCUGCUGCGCUCUGCUGCCAGCUGUUUCUGGUUAGGCAGUCGGGCCUGCAGUGACGAGGAGGAGCAGGCAGGCCAGAGUCAUGGAGCGGCAGCUGGAGCUCGCUGCCCUCGGUCUGGCCCUCACAGGGUGGCUUUGUGCCAUUCUGACACGCUGCCUGGCCCUGUGGAAGGUGAGCGGCACCCUGGACAACACCACGGCAACUCUGCCUGCCUACUGGGAUGGGGUGUGGCUGGAAUGGGAUCACUGGGACUUGGCCCACGAUGGCAGCCUGCACUGCUCCUUCUACCAGUCUCUCAUGUCUCUUUCUGGAAGUUUUCGGACGUGGAGAGCCCUCAUCAUGGCAGCCAUCGGAGCCGGGGCUUUUGCUACGUUGAUUGGGACAGGGGGGGCGGUGUGGUUCCCUAUGCGCGGCCAGAUCAAAGUGUUUUCUGGUGCUCUCUUUGUUUUGUCUGGGAUCCUGUUGCUUGUUCCCACAGCCUGGACGUGCCAUCACACCAGUCAGCCACUGGAGGGCGCUGUGCUGCUGAGAAGAGACUGGGGACCUGCACUGUACCUUGGAUGGAUCUCCUUUGCUUUGAUGCUGGCCGGAGGGGUGUUUCUCACCACCAGAUGCCCCACCAGCGAGAGACAGGAACAGCAGCCUGAAGAGAGCAGGGGCCCGAACAUAGACGAGGAGGCUAAUCACCCACUGAACAGGAUCAACAGGACUACGUUCACACAGAGCCAGUAUGAACGCAGAUCAGAGCCUAUCUGAGAGGACUGCGAUGUAAUAUUUGAGCGUGAGUGACUGAACUGGAAGAUCAUUAAUAUGUGAAAUGACUGUGGAUAGAUUUAACAGCCGAGGAAAACUCCUGGCUGCACAUGUUGAGUAAUGAUGCACUGGAUUAACUAAGCAUGAACUUAACAUUGGAAAGUACAAGCACAGCGAUGUGUCAUGUAGCUAGUUUUUAGAUUGACAUCUUAUUUUGCUGUGUUUCUUCCAUUUCUAUUUAAACUAAUACACUGCAUAUUAUUGUUUUCCAUUCAAUCCGCAUUUCCCCAAUUCAAUAUCACUGUAAAACUAUACAAUAUAAUUAUUCUGUCUGUUUGCUUUACUUGAUGCAAUUAUUGAUACUAGACUGUCAUUAAGACAUUACAGCCCUCUGAUUGUGACUUGAUACUUAAGGCCCCCCUGGACCUUGUUCUGUGUGUUGUAUUACAAAGUAAAAACACUUUUACACUUAUUUAAAGUCAUAGCUUUCAGGGUAUGAUGUACUGCUCAAGUUUCUUAACUGUAUUUUUCUAUUGCUCAGUUUGUGCUUAAACAACAACAAUGUAAAACUCUCGGGUAAGCAUUCCACAUGUCAUUUGUAAAAAAGUUACUCCUGAAGCAAUAAUUACAAACACUGUAUUGUAGACUUUUCUGAACACUGAGAACAUAAAUCAUGGUACAAUAUUCAAGAUAGUAUCAAUAUUCAAGAAAAUCUAAUUCUAUAUUGUGCUCUGUACAGCACUUUUCCAUAAGGGGUACGACUGAGAUGGAAAUGCUUUACAUGUCACUGGUUUGGAUGUUGUGCUUUUCUGUUCUUAAAGCUGCAACAUAUUUGGAUUUGGAGUUCUGCAAAACUGUGAUUUCAUUUGUUUUAGGAAAAUCACUGUAUACAGACGAAAGAAAAUAUUUUGUUAUUUGCAGAGCAAACUCAUUCAUUAUGACAAAAUAUACAUUAUUGGGUUAAAGAAAUGAUCCAUAGAAUUGGCAUAUUGAGCAAGACUAGAUGGCACACAAAGGCAGAAACGACUUUGUCCAGAAGUUCCGUUAAUGGUCAAGAGGUACUGAAAUGAAGAAAACUGAAUAAAUACGUGAAAGCAGGCCAGAACUAUUUACUGACCUGCAAGUUUAGGUAUAAAUGCUCAAACAUAUUUCCAAAACACAUUCCA